AUGUCGAAAGUUGCCAGCUACUUCUCGCGCUACAGCGCUGCCGAAUGGAAAAGCUAUUUCCUGUCGACACAUUUCUGGGGCCCAGUGGCCAAUUGGGGAUUACCUUUGGCAGCCAUGGCCGAUUUAAAAAAAAACCCGGAAAUGAUCUCGCCGAACAUGACGGGCGCCCUGAUCGUCUACUCGUCAGUGUUUAUGCGAUUCGCGUGGCAUGUGCAACCGAGGAAUAUGCUGCUCUUCGCCUGCCACUUCACCAAUUUCAGCGCGCAAACCGGGCAGAUGUUCCGAUAUUUGAACCACAACUAUCUGCACGUUUUCAAGGACCCGGCCGUCAACAAGCCAAUUGCC